AUGUUAAAUUAUAACAUGGUCACACAGUCUACUUCAUCAGCAAAAAAUCAUUUAAUUAAUUUUCAUUACGACAAAUUAAAAGAUGAAGAAAAAAGGAGAAAACUGUUUCCAAAAAUGUCACAAAGAAAUAAAGAGGUUAACAUAAUGUUGAUGAGAUUUUUUUCAUCUGUUGGAAUUCCUUUUAGUCAAAUUCGAAAUCCCUUUUUAGUUGAGUUACUGAAUUUUCUCGAUAAGUCAGUUGUGUUGUCAGACGAAAAAACAUUUAGAACAACUUGUCUUUUUGAAUUGUACGAUAGAGAACUAGGAGAUCUCAAAAAAAGAAUUAAAGAAGAUGUCGUUUUCAAUAAUCUAUCAGGAUCUAUUUCAACAGAUAUCAUGAGUAAAUAUAAUAAUUCUUAUAUAACAACAACUCUCCACUAUGUCGAUAAACAAUUUGAGUCACACAACGAAGUUUUGAAUAUGAGUCCUUUUAAUGUAGAACAUACAGGAAAGGAAAUUAAAACAUAUGUGAGUCAAAUUGUUAUAGAUUUAAAUUUGAAUGUUAACAACAUACAAUUUGUUGCUGAUUCGGCAUCAAAUAACAAUAAAUUGUCUGAAAUUAAUGGAAACAAAACUGACUGUGUUGUACACACAUCGAAUAAUUUGUUUUCUGCUGUGAUAAAACAAAUACCCGGGAUGAAAGCCUUCAUGAAAAAUAUUAAUUCUUUGGCCAAAACACUCCAAUUUUCUCAAAAAACACAAAGAAUAUUUGAAGAGUUGUGUUCAAAAAAUUGUGAAGAGCCUGGAUGUCUUGCGACUUAUACGAAAACGCGGUUUAAUUCAUGUUACCUUUCUUUUAGCAAAUUGUUAAAAAGAGAGAAGAGUGUUAAAGAACUGAACAAUGGGAUUCAGUUCAAUGAAGAGGGGUGGAAAGGGGCCAAAGAAAUGUAUUCACUCACAAAAGCAAUGGACGAUCUUUACAACAAAUUGGCGGCGAACCAAAAAAUUACUUCGUGUUAUGUUGUGGGAGCUAUUAGAGACAUUUGGAAUACAAUUUCCUCUUCUAUUUACUAA